CCCAGCUCUUCCAUUCUCCGUCCUUCUGAUGUGAAUCAGUUCCGUUCUUGGGGAAGAAGGAGAGGUUGAUCCUGGAAGCAGGUCCCCCAGGGUGACCUGGCUGGGGCUGCUUUUGGUUUUACCCACCUGUGCCGAGCACACUUGACUUCCGGAGUCAGUCAUUUUGGUGUCAAGAAUUUUCUUCAGUUUUCCGCAACAGUUGAAGACUCAGCAUUGAGGUUUUCGAAGUCGCUGGUGCACGUCUCUCGGAUGGAUGGGGAGAAGUAACAGUCCCCAGCUGGGGGCAGAGGUCCGGUGAACUCAAACCCAUCGGGCUUUCAUUCCCCUUGCUGAGUGGCAUUUGCUGCAGCAGCCCACUGAGGGCUCUUUUCCUUGGGAUUCUAGAAGUUGUGAGUGGGACGCGGGGCCGGGAAGAAGAUGCUGAGCUCCAUCAAGUGCGUGUUGGUGGGUGACUCCGCUGUGGGGAAGACCUCUCUGCUGGUGCGCUUCACCUCGGAGACCUUCCCGGAGGCCUACAAGCCCACCGUGUACGAGAACACCGGGGUGGACGUCUUCAUGGACGGCAUCCAGAUCAGCCUGGGCCUCUGGGACACAGCCGGCAACGAUGCCUUCAGAAGCAUCCGUCCCCUGUCCUACCAGCAGGCAGACGUGGUGCUGAUGUGCUACUCUGUGGCCAACCACAACUCGUUCCUGAACUUGAAGAACAAGUGGAUUGGUGAAAUUAGGAGCAACUUGCCCUGUACCCCCGUGCUGGUGGUGGCCACCCAGACUGACCAGCGGGAGAUGGGGCCCCACAGGGCUGCCUGUGUCAAUGCCAUUGAAGGGAAGAGACUGGCCCAGGAUGUGAGAGCCAAGGGCUACUUGGAGUGCUCAGCCCUGAGCAACCGGGGCGUGCAGCAGGUAUUUGAGUGUGCCGUCCGGACUGCAGUCAACCAGGCCAGGCGACGGAACAGGAGGAAGCUGUUCUCCAUCAAUGAAUGCAAGAUCUUCUAGACCCGAAGAGACUUUCACCCAAUUCUUAGGUACUCAUCCCAGAUGAACGGGGAGAGGGAGUGUGGACAAGCCAGGAGGGGUCAGUGCUCUUUCUGGAUGCAACUUGAACAGCAUUUCCUUUUGGAUACAGUUAUUGACAAGCCUUGGCCACUGAUGUUUUCACUAGCUACACUCUACAGAGGAACUCCUUCCCUGGUCCAAUUAGAAAAGUCCUUGGGAAGCUGUAAUGAAUAUUCCACCUUCAUUUAAAAGAUAAAAUAG